AUGAAGUGUUUUCCAUUUUUUUCUUCCCAAGACAAGGCUGUUAAAGGGGUAAACAAAUCCGGUAAAGAGCCCCAGACUUCUAAAUCAAUUCCUAAUCCCCCACCUAUUCAAAACAAAAUUCCUAAUCCCCCUCCUAUUCAAAAGAAAAUUCCUAAUCCCCCACCUCUUAAAAGGAAAAUUCCUAAUCCCCCACCUCUUAAAAAGAAAAUUCCUAAUCCCCCACCUCUUAAAAAGAAAAUCCCUAAUCCCCCACCUAUUAAAAAGAAAAUUCCUAAUCCCCCAAAAAAGCCUCCUGUUUUCCACCAAUCGUCUCCGGACGAUAAAGUUGUUAAACCAAAGGCCUCAGUACCUGAACCUCCAAAGACUAGUGAUGGCCCUAAAGUCGACGGUAACAAAACUGUUACAGCACAGUCUUUCACCUUCCGUGAAUUGGCGAGGGCGACCAGCAACUUCAGACGAGAAUGUUUGAUAGGGGAAGGUGGAUUUGGGCGAGUUUACAAGGGAAAACUUGAUAAAACUGCCCAGGUUGUGGCAGUGAAGCAGCUGGAUCGAAAUGGAUUACAAGGAAAUAGAGAGUUUCUUAUUGAGGUGUUAAUGCUAACCCGCUUGCACCAUCCCAACCUUGUCAAUCUCAUCGGCUAUUGUUCCGAUGGAGAUCAAAGGCUUCUGGUUUAUGAAUACAUGCCUUUGGGAUGUGUAGAGAACCAUUUACUUGAUAUCAAACCACAUCGAAAGCCAUUAGAUUGGUACACAAGAAUGAAGAUAGCAUUGGGUGCUUCAAAAGGAUUAGAGUAUUUGCAUGACAAGGCAAAUCCCCCCGUCAUCUAUCGAGAUUUAAAGACGUCCAAUAUAUUGCUGGACGAAGAGUUUAAUGCCAGACUCUCUGAUUUCGGAUUAGCCAAGCUAGGACCCGAAGGGGACAAGACGCAUGUGUCUUCAAGGGUCAUGGGAACGUACGGUUAUUGUGCACCGGAGUAUCAAAGGACCGGACGUUUGACCGUCAAAUCCGAUGUUUACAGUUUCGGUGUUGUUUUGUUGGAGUUAAUAUCCGGAAGGAGAGUCAUCGACACCACAAGACCAAACCAAGAGCAAAAUCUAGUUACAUGGGCUGAGCCAAUUUUCAAGGUACGAAGUAAGUUCCCACAACUGGCUGAUCCACUUCUUAAAGGAGAUUUCCCAAAGAAAGGCUUGAAUCAAGCAGUUGCACUUGCGGCCAUGUGCUUGCAAGAGGAGGCAACUGUACGUCCACUGAUGAGCGACGUUGUCACGGCUCUAAGUUUCGUCGGAAACAGUCCACUGGUUGAAAACACCGAUGUCUUCUCAUCGGAUCCUUCCUUAUCCGACCAGUUGGUCGCAAAGGGGGGAAGUCACGGUGAAGAUAGUAGCUGA